GCGUGCCGAGGCAGGGGGUGGGGAAUGGCUGGCAGAAGCCGCCGCUCCUGGCUCAGCGUGUUGCUCGGUCUGGUCCUGGGCUUCAUCCUGGCUUCCCGGCUCAUCCUACCCCGAGCCUCGGAGCUGAAGAAAGCGGGACACCGGCGCAAGGCCAGCCUGGAAGGGUGCCGGGGGAAAGCCGGUGGGGGGCUGCUGCUGCACCGAGACUCCCGGGGGGGCUUGCUCUGGCACCAGGACCCCACUGAGCACCGAGGCGAGAUCCCGCCGGCCAAGAACUUCCUCUUUGUGGGGGUCAUGACAGCUCAGAAAUACCUGCAGAACCGAGCCGUGGCAGCAUACAGAACGUGGUCCAGCACGAUCCCUGGCAAGGUUGAAUUCUUCUCCAGCGAGGGUUCAGAUACCUCUCUUCCAAUUCCCAUAGUUCCACUGCCUGGUGUAGAUGACUCUUACCCACCCCAGAAGAAAUCGUUCAUGAUGCUCAAGUACAUGCACGACCACUACUUGGACAAGUACGAAUGGUUUAUGCGAGCCGACGAUGAUGUUUACGUCAAAGGGGACAAGCUGGAGAACUUCCUUCGGAGUUUGAACAGCAGCGAGCCCCUCUUCCUUGGGCAGACAGGGCUGGGUACCACUGAAGAGAUGGGGAAACUGGCCCUGGAACCUGGAGAGAAUUUCUGCAUGGGGGGUCCGGGUGUGAUCAUGAGCCGGGAGGUGCUGCGGAGGAUGGUGCCUCACAUUGGAGAGUGCCUUCGGGAGAUGUACACCACUCACGAGGAUGUGGAGAUUGGGAGAUGUGUACGAAGAUUUGCUGAAGUGCAAUGUGUCUGGUCUUAUGAGAUGCAGCAGCUGUUUUACGAAAACUAUGAGCAGAACAAAAAGGGUUACAUCAAAGACCUCCGUAAUAGCAAGAUUCACCGAGCAAUCACCUUGCAUCCGAACAAGAGUCCCCCCUACCAAUAUAGGCUCCAUAGCUACAUGUUGAGUCGCAAAAUAGCAGAGCUGCGUUACCGGACCAUCCAGUUGCACCGAGAAAUCGUCCUCAUGAGCAAAUACAGCAGUACCGAAGUCCACAGGGAUGAUCUUCAGCUGGGGAUAGCGCCUUCCUUCAUGCGGUUUCAGCCGCGCCAGCGCGAAGAAGUUUUGGAGUGGGAAUUCCUCACAGGGAAGUAUCUUUAUUCCGCUGCAGAUGGCCAACCGCCCCGUCGAGGAAUGGACUCCUCUCAGCGUGAGGCAUUGGAUGACAUAGUCAUGCAAGUUAUGGAAAUGAUCAAUGCAAAUGCCAAGACUAGAGGGCGGAUCAUUGACUUCAAGGAGAUACAGUAUGGUUACCGCAGAGUCAAUCCAAUGUAUGGGGCAGAGUACGUUCUCGACUUACUGCUGUUGUACAAGAAGCACAAGGGAAAGAAGAUGACCGUUCCUGUCCGAAGGCACGCAUACUUGCAACAGACCUUUAGCAAAGUCCAGUUUAUGGAACAUGAAGAGAUGGAUGCCAAAGAGCUGGCCAAUAAAAUCAACCAGGAUUCGGGGUCCUUGUCUUUCCUCUCCAAUUCUCUGAAGAUGUUCGUCCCGUUCCAGCUAAGUAAGUCGAAAGCCGAGAAGAAGGAACCCAAAGACAAGAAGAUCAACAUCUUGAUUCCUCUCUCCGGACGCUUUGAUAUGUUUGCACGCUUCAUGAUGAACUUCGAAAAGACUUGCCUCAUUCCUAAUCAGAAUGUCAAAUUGGUUGUCCUGCUUUUCAAUUCCGACUCCAACCCUGACAAGGCAAGGCAGGUUGAACUGAUGAGAGAUUACCGCUUGAAGUACCCUAAGGCAGACAUGCAGAUCUUGCCGGUAUCUGGCGAAUUCUCCCGAGCUCUGGCCCUAGAAGUUGGAUCCUCUCAGUUUAACAAUGAAUCUUUGCUAUUCUUCUGUGAUGUUGACUUGGUGUUUACAGCUGAGUUUCUCCAGCGGUGUAGAGCCAACACAGUUCUGGGGCAACAAAUAUAUUUUCCAAUCAUCUUUAGCCAAUACGAUCCAAAGAUUGUCUAUAGUGGGAAAGUUCCUAGUGAUAAUCAUUUUGCCUUCACCCAGAAAACCGGCUUCUGGAGGAACUAUGGCUUUGGGAUUGCCUGCAUUUACAAGGGCGAUCUUAUUCAAGCAGGUGGUUUUGACGUUUCUAUCCAGGGUUGGGGUCUUGAGGAUGUGGACUUGUUCAAUAAGGUUAUUCACGCUGGGCUAAAGACAUUCCGAAGCCAAGAAGUUGGAGUAGUCCAUGUACACCAUCCUGUCUUUUGUGACCCUAAUCUUGAUCCAAAACAAUAUAAAAUGUGUUUGGGGUCCAAAGCAUCAACUUAUGGGUCUACGCAGCAGUUGGCUGAGCUAUGGCUUCAAAAGAAUGAACCCAAUUUUGGCAAGACCAGCAUUGCUAAUGGUUCCCUGAGGACAGCCUAAUAUCCAGCUAUGCUGGAGAAAAAAAAAAAACCCUACCUGUUGCAUUUUUUAAAAAAAUUGCCCUAAUUUAUUUUUUGUUUGGGAAAGCAUUUUGAUAGUUGAUUUUUUAAAAAGACCGCACAAGGUUAUAUUUUAGAAACCAUCAUUUUCUUACAAGGACCUUCUGGGCUUUUUUUCUGAACAAAACUGUGAUCAACUUUUGCCUUUUUGAACAACAUCAGUGGCUGAGUAUUGUGACUUGCCUGGUUCUGACAACUUGAAAUAAAUACUUUUUUCCUGAUUAACAAACUUUAAAAAAGAAACAUGAAAACUCCCCUACUUCACACAUUAUCCCACUGCUCAUUUAGUUACCUGGGUUCUUCCAGUACCAACCGAAUGCAAAUGAUUCACAAAUGAUUUACUUAAUUUCUCCCCCUCUUUCGCUCGGAACAGAAAAAAUGGAUUCUUCCUAAUUUUUUAAAAAAGUAUUAGAACAAAGAAAAGAAAGUGGCAGUGUUGGCUAAUUCACUUACAAGAAUCUUCCAUUUGGUUGAUAUUUCAACCUUAAAAUGUACCUUUUUUUGCUCAUUAUAUAGUGAGCAACCAGAAAAGAAGGGGGAAUUGAGCACAACUUUGAUAAUGUGUACCUUUUGUUUAAAAAAAAGAAAAGAAGAAAAAAUAUUUCCUUUCUUGGUCCAUAGAUGGAUCUGGUGUUAAAAUUCCCAUCACAGGUUCUGAGUUUUUCUCAAUCCGAUGUCUUGUAUAGAUGCCUUGAUGACAAAGAACAGUGCUUUAGUUAAUAGAGAAGAAUUGUGUUUUGUUGCUAUAAAAAGCGACAAACUAAAUCCAAGACACUCCAAAUUGAAUGUGUUGGGAAAAUAUUUAUUUUCCCCCCCAACCAGUUACAGUAUUUUGAUUGGGAACAAUUUACUAUGUUUCCUUAACUAGUUUGUUUUUGCUUUCUGUAUUGGGUAGGCCUUUUAAUUUAUUUAAUAUCCUUUGUUUUAGAUUCCUGUCUUUUUAUUUUUAAUAACUGCUAGUCAUUAAUAUUUAUGUAUCUUAGGAAUGUAUUGCAUUUUCUUACUGUUAAAGAUAGCUUACAUCUUCUUCCUUUGCAGUAAACCCAUCUCCAAAGAUUUUUUUCCUAAAGUGUUCUCUUUUAUUUUUCAAAAUUACUUAUAUAUAUAUACAUCUAUAUAUUUAAAAAGUAAUAGAAACUUUGGAUAUAGUUUCUGAUGCCCCAAAAUGAACUUCACAUUUCAGGAAGGGAAUAGAAACGGUGAGGAAAACCUUUGUCUAAGCACAGAGCAAAAACUUAAAAAUAUGUGCACGCACAUUCCCCAUUGCAAAAUAAAAUGUCUUUGAAUAAAAAACACACACACGCUCUUCUGCAUUGAACUUUACAAUGGUACCAGAACUUGUGUUCAAAGCACAAUUCUAUACCGGCACCUAAUCAUUUGUAACAAUCUUUAUUUUUCCCAGAAGAAAAAUAAAAUGAGUGAAUAGUGUGUACUUCUGCUGAAGUCUU